UUGCUCACCGGAGCAACAUUGAAGUCCGCAGUCGGUAGUGCUUCUGAAAGUCUUAAUUUGGUGUUACUAUAACGAAGACGACUAAGGAGACGGUGAGGUUGUAGGUGUGAGAAUGAAGGUGGGCCAGAGUGUGGCGGUCCUUCUGGUUGAGGUGAUCUUCCUGUCGCUGGGUCAACACACAGCUGCUCGCGGUAUAUGGAAAUGUGGGUUCGAGGAGGAGGAACCAUGCGGCUGGGUCCUCUCUGGCGCAGCAGAGGUGAGGAAUGCGAGACAAGUCCUGGACACCAGCUACACUCCUGACGGUUACCUGCUGGCGUUAGUACCUCCUGAUACUGCUGGUGGUGAUGGUAGCAUGAUGGAAGGUCGAUUCCAAAGUCCUGUCAUUCUUCCCUCUCGACUCUGUAAGGUGGAAGUGAACUAUACAGUGACGGGACGAUCGUCGGUGAUGCGUAUUGUCCAAGUGGAGGCUGAGAGUGGUCGAGUACACAGAAGAAGAGCCAUCUGGGGCAGCGAAGCGAAGACGUCGGUCAGGUGGAGUCACAAGACGGUUCAACUCUCUUCUGCGGUGCCGUUUUACGUAGUGAUGAAGGGGGAGGUGGUGGAGGUGGGUGGGAGUGUGAUGGUGGAUAAUGUGACCCUCAGCCAGCAGUGUCAGCCACACCCCUCACCCCCGUACUCCAGGUGUGGCCCUGACCAGUAUUCCUGUUUCUUCUCACAGCUCUGUAUCCCAGAGUUCCAGGUGUGUGACUUCACGGUGGAUUGCCCUCGAGGGGAUGACGAGUCCUCCUGCGGUAACACAAACUUCGAGAUUGACCUGGGCGGGUGGUAUGACGCUGGUUACAACGAUACCACAUACGUUUGGUCCAGGGUGAAAGCUGGGGACGCUACCCACCCUUUUGGAACUGCUCUCGACUUCGAUCACACCUACGCAAAUUCAACGGGUCACUUUAUGUGGGCGGAUGGCAGCUCUUCAGAUCACUCACCAGCGACGGCAAUACAACAUUCACCAGAGUUCGGGCCUGUGAUCUUACCCUGCACCGUCGUGUUCUGGUACCAAAAGUCAUAUGAUUCUCCCGGCAUCAGAAUAAACUUAAAUACAGAAAAAAAACUCUGGAUCUGGGUAGAAGAAUUGCUCAAAACUUCUAGUCAGGAUUGGAAGAUGUUUCAGCACCACAUUGGUGAAUACAAUCAAAAGGUUUAUCUGGAACUGAUUAGCAACUGGGACAUAGAGCAUGACGGUACCAUGCCUGACGUGUCUGUGGAUGACGUGGAGUGGCGGUGGUGUGACCCUAAGACUCCACCGUUUGAGGGAGACUUCACAUGUAACUUCAACGACCCGUGUUUACUGUUCCAGAGCAACAAUGACACCCUUGACUGGGUAGUCACCACAGAUAGAGCUCAUCCAGAGGAGAAGUUUCUAAUAACACCAGACGCCGAGGGAACUGCCAUCAUGCAGACUUGGUGGUAUCAUCCUCCUACAGAUUUGUUCUGCCUCUCCUUCAGUUACAUGGUAGAGAGAGACACCAGCCUGAAGGUGAAGCUGCUGACGAAGGAUGGAGGCGAUGAGCUACUGUGGAUGCGGGAGAACCAGACUGGUAUAUCCGUGUGGCGGAACCAACACAUAGAGGUGACCACUCCUGUCCCGAUACAGAUACAGUUCAUAGGUGAGCAGGUCGACCAGAGGAUCCGUCUAGAUACUGUAGAUAUGAUCGAGGGUAACUGCCCAGCGACCUUCAGCUGCUCGUUUGACGAUGAUUCAGAAGUGUGUGACUGGGAUAACUAUAACGACGGCACCGUCAUGCUCAGCUGGUACAAGGGCGACGGUCAUGAGGGAGACCCCAACUCCCCGCCGGUGGAUCACUCAUGGGGCACUGAUGAAGGCCACUACAUUUUCCUGCCUAUCGGGAGAGAUCAAGAUGGCCAGAAAGGCUACUUCAAGAGCCCGUCCAUCACCACCACUACCCCUGAGGGAGAUUGUUUCCAGUUCUGGUUCUACUUGUUCUCCUACAAUAAUUCAGCCCCCCUAGGCCAGCUGGGAGUCCGUCUCUUGACCACAGAAGUAUCGGACCGUAUCUGGGAACACACCUACAGUUUCCGCAGCGGGUGGCAGUUCGGACAGGUCACCAUACAAAAUGAACAGUCCUUUAGUAUCAUCUUGGAAGGUUUACGAGGGAAAGGUAUUGAAGGUGCUAUGGCCUGGGAUGACCUUAGCGUAAUGCGGGGUAAAUGUGAAGAUCCUGGUUCCUGCACCUUUGAGGAUGGUUUGUGUGGCUACGUGGAUGAAGACUCGCUGCCUGGUCACUACACGCCCGCCAGCUGGGUGUGGUACCAGGCAGUGGAUGGCCCCGAUGGACUUACAUACGAUCACACACUUCUCACUAGCAACGGUCACUACAUAUUCGCGGACAACAGUAGGUGUAUGGCCUAUGAAUCUGUCUGUUACGCCAACUUGGACAGUGUUGACAUCUCACCAUUGAAAAAGGAAUAUUGCUUCACUGCCUAUAUCAACACGCUGCAAAUAGGAGGCGAGUAUAAUGGUUACGAGUUAAAUAUAGCUUCCGGUCCUACUGAGCGUAAUAUAACCUCUAGAACCGGGCACCAUUAGGGCUGGGAUACAGUUUCAGUAGUUAGGUUAGGUUAAAACAGGAUCCAGUAGACCUCGCUAGAUACUAAAUUGGUUUGGGUCACAUUCUUGAGUUUAAGAUGAAUAAAAUAAGACAAUAUUCCGUUUAACCCUUUAGAUAGAGGUAAGGGCUUCUCUCACCUGAAUAAAAUCAUCUGGUGAGUGUUGAUCAAGGCGUGAAUGUCUGAUCAAAGGGUUAAAGAGGGAGAUAAUCUAUGACCCUAUUACCUGGACUAUACAUUAUGGGAUCUAUAAUAUAAUGCAGCUAAGUGUCUCUGGCCGUAUCUAAACCUACUGCCCUUGCAACUCAGAUAAUUAGUGGUGGAUUCUUAACCAAACUACAGAUAUACCACAACAUCAUCAUAAGGCAUAUUUGACAUUAAAAAUUUUACAUUAAAACUGAUAAGCUUUAUAUUUCCUCAAGCUUUUCAAUGGCUGGAUACUUGAAGAUAUGUUUUUAGUACAUUAUGCUCUUGUUUAUUUCUCUCUCUCUCUCU